AUGGAAAGUAAGGCAAGGGGCUUCAAGAUUGGGCGUAUCUACUAUGUGCAUCCAACAACCGGUGAGAAAUACUACCUGCGUAUUUUAUUGAAUGUGCAAAAAGGUUGCAAAAACUAUAAUGAUAUUAAAACAGUGGGUGGAACGAUUCAUCUUACAUUCAAAGCCGCCUGUUUGGCACUAGGAUUGUUGGAAGAUGAUGGUGAAUGGCACAGAGCCAUUCAGGAAGCAGCAGAAACACAUACAGCAGAAGACAUCAAGUACGAACAAAUAAAGUUUUACGGAGAUUCAGCACGAACCCUAGCCAAUGAAGUCUUGAAAAACUAUACGCUACAGGAAAUUGAGAAGAUUUUCUGGAAACAUAAUCGAACUUUAAGGGAGGAUGAAUUUUCGGGUAUACCAUACCCAGACAUGUCUGAAUUAGACAUUCCUAAAAACACCCUUAUUCAUGAAGAACUAAACUAUGACAGAGAUAUUCUACUGACAAAGGCAGAGGAUUUGAAGAACGGAUUAAACAUAAAACAAGUAUUGGCGUUUAACGAGAUUUCAAGGUCAGUAGAACAGAAUGAUGGUCGUCUGUUUUUUGUCUAUGGAAGUGGUGGAACAGGUAAGACAUACCUCUGGAGUACCCUUAUUGCUUCCCUUCGGUCACAGGGUAAAAUUGUUCUAGCAGUUGCUUCUUCUGGAAUAGCAUCACUGCUAUUACCAGGUGGUCAUACAACUCAUUCAAGGUUCAAGAUUCCAUUGAAGCUGAAUGAAACAUCCUGCUGCAAUCUAUUUAAAAAAACAGAUCUAGCUGAGUUAUUGUGCAAAGUAGAUUUGAUUAUAUGGGAUGAAGCACCAAUGAUGCACAGGAAUGCACUUGAAGAAGUUCAAAGAGCUCUUGAUGAUUUAAUGAUGGAAGCGAAUAACGAUAAGAAGUUAUUAUUCAGGAAAAAACACUGGUGUUAG